UGAACCAGGAAGAGAGCAGAGAACGUUGGACUGUUCGCUGAUAUCUCAUCUAAAUAUCUGUGAUAUUUAGUGAUAUCUGAUGUAAUAUUGCUGGUUCCAUGCUGGGCAAAGCCACCGCGUUUAUUACCGCUGUAGUCGCUGUCGUUGUUGUGGUCUUAACGUAUCUGGAGGAUUCUGAUCCGGUUCUGUCGACCAGUAUGGCUGAGGACAUGAAAACUCUGGAAGAAAACUUCAGGCAGCAGAAUAAAAGCUGCUUCAUCCUCGGUGCCUCUGGGGAAACCGGGAAGGUGUUACUUCAGGAGCUGUUACAGCGCAGCAUCUUCUCCAAGAUCACCCUCAUCGGGAGAAGGAAGCUCAACUUUGAGGGCAAAGUGGACAAAAACCUGGUUCAAGAGGUGGUGGACUUUGAGAAGCUUGAUGAUUAUGCAGCUGCCUUCCAGGGCCACGAUGUUGGUUACUGCUGCCUGGGAACAACCAGAGCCAAAGCAGGGACUGAAGGGUUCAUCCGUGUUGAUCACGACUACGUUCUGAAAUCAGCAGAACUUGCCAAGGCAGGAGGCUGCUCACAGUUUCACCUGCAGUCCUCGAGAGGAGCCGAUAAAACCAGCAGCUUUCUCUACCUAAAAGUCAAGGGACAAGUGGAAGCAGCGAUCCAAGCUUUGGGCUUUGACAGAUACGCGAUUUAUAGACCCGGGGUUCUUUUGGUGGACAGGGAGGAGAGUCGGCCCGGCGAGUGGAUGGCCAGAAAGUUCUUCGGCGCCCUCUUUCAUGUGGGCUUUAAGUCCAUGUCCAUACCGAUCCAGACAGUGGCGAAAGCGAUGGUGUCAAACACUCUGCUUCAGCCUGAGCAGAAGAUGGAGAUCCUUGAGAACAUGGGGAUUGCUGCUUUGGGAAAACCUUCAGGGAAAUGAGAGGGAAGAGGAAAAGUCCUCAGGUGAACAAAGGGAUGGUUCUAUUGCACUGAGUUUAAGUCAAGUCAACCAAGAUGUUAAAAUCUGUCACGCAAAAUUCUGAUAUCGCAGUAUACGAGGUCUCUUAGAUAAUAAACCGACCCUUUUAUUUUUUUUUUUUAACUAUAUGGAUUU